GGGGCGGGCCGUCUCGUCGCGUUCGUUCGGUGCGGCGGUGGAAGCGGCUUCGGAAGCCGGGGUGGAGUUGCGGGAAACGAGGUGCCCGUUACGGAGCGAGGGUUGUGCGGACAUCCUCCCGGCCGGGCUGGAAGUGUGCUAGACAAUUAUCAUGGUGGGUGAAGAAAAUAUCUCCAUAAGAAAUCGUCGAUCUUCAUACAGAACAGCAGAAGAGAAAGAUGACUUUUCGAGGAGGCUUGAAGGAAACUGGUCUUUCUCUAACUCAACCAAUGGUCGAAUUGGUGCUGAACAUGUAAUGAGGAAGAUGCAGCUCUCAGCAGAAGCUGAGCAGUUGAAGCCAGCUUUCAUGAAAGGGGUUGACAGUCACUUCACAGAAUUUGUAAAUGGCUUGAUUGCGAAGUCUGUGCUGCUGGAGUCUUCACCAUCCACUUUCCCUGCAUCUUGUCAAGAAAAAGACAGCUUCAUAAACAAAGAAUCAAGAGCACCUCCAGAACAUGGAAAAGUUUUUGUUAUUAGGAAGUCUCUCUUGGAUGAGCUAUUUGAAGUGGAUCACAUCCAGACCAUCUACAACAUGUUCAUUGCUAUCCUCAUCUUGUUCAUUCUCAGCACACUUGUGGUAGACUUCAUUGAUGAAGGGAGGUUGGUGCUAGAGUUUGAUCUUCUGGUCUACGCUUUUGGCGGGUUUUCAGUUGUUGCUUUUACUUGGCUUUAUAUGUUCCUGUCUACGCUGGUUAUGCCAUAUGGACUCUUUAUCCAGUGGGCCAAAGGUUAUCACAGUUCCUUCCACAAGAUCAUCCGCUCCUCCUCCUUUGGCGUUCUCUUCAUGAUAUUCCAGACAGUUUGGCUUGGAUUUAUUCCUACAUACAUUACAUUGACCUAUGAACUGCCACCUGCUUCAUCAGCCAUAGUUAUAAUGGAACAGGUGCGCUUCAUUAUGAAAGCCUACUCUUUAAUCAGGGAAAAUGUUCCUCGAGUUGUCUCCUGUCCCACUCAGAAGUCAAACUCUCUUCAACUUCCUCGGGUUUCUCAAUAUUUGUAUUUUCUCUUUGCUCCCACUCUUAUUUACAGAGAUGAUUAUCCCAGGACUCCCACAAGAAGAUGGAGCUAUGUAGCUACUAAGUUUGCACAGGUACUUGGUUCUCUCUUUUAUGCUUACUACAUCUUUGUGCGACUCUGUAUUCCUAUAUAUCGGAAUUACAGUCAGGAGAACUUCAAUCUACGAGGUCUGGUCCUUUGCAUUUUCAACUCCAUUCUUCCAGGUGUGUUGAUUUUGCUCCUGGUCUUUUUUUCAUUUCUUCACUGCUGGCUUAAUGCUUUUGCUGAGAUGUUGUGUUUUGGAGACAGAAUGUUCUAUAAGGACUGGUGGAAUUCAACAUCUUUUGCCAACUUUUACCGAACUUGGAAUGUGGUGGUACAUGACUGGUUGUAUUAUUAUGUAUACAGGGAUUUCCUUUGGUUCUUUGGAAAAAAAUUCAAGGCGGCUGCAAUGCUGUUAGUCUUCACUGUUUCUGCUAUUGUGCAUGAAUACGUCCUCGAUGUUUGUUUUGGUUACUUUUAUCCAGUCCUCUUCUGCAUCUACAUGGGUUUCGGAAUAGCGUUCAACUUUGUGCUCCAUGACGGUCGGAAAGGCCCCAUUUGGAAUGUGAUCAUGUGGACUUUACUCUUCCUUGGCCAUGGCAUCAUUCUGUGUCUUUAUAGCCAGGAGUGGUAUGCCCAUCAGUAUUGUCCUUUGAAAAAUCCCACAUUCCUGGAUUAUGUGAAACCACGCUCCUGGAGUUGCCAAAUGAAGAUCUGAAAUCUCUUAGCAUCUCUCCUGUGGUCAAGGCCAGAAUAUGUUUUUUUAAAACAGACUUUUGACAGUCCCCCAUAGUUGCAUUUUAUCACUCAAGGCAGCUAAGAUUGCUGAAAGCUUAGGUGGUUCUCAUUCUGUAAGGAGCCCCAACCCAUGUCAUUUCCAUGCUGGUCAUGAAACCCACUGAAAGGCUGGUGAAUGCAUUUCCAGGGAAGAUUUUUGCUUAUUGCAAAUACUGAUCUGUGUAUUAAUAUUUUCUUCUUUUACUGUUCUCGAAAAGGCAGUAUUGUGUGAUUUCAAAUAGCCUUGCCUAUCUGAAUAUAACAUUCCUCUACAAUCAUUCUGUGAAAUGGGAGAGACACACAGUAUUUGUAUGUAUUAUUUUGCUUGAUGCUUCAUUGUGAUUAUACAGUGGAGCCAAAAGUUGAACUAUCUGUCCUUCUUGAAGCACACCCAGAGGACUCUUCAAGGAAGAGACUGGGAUUUCUAUUAUUUGGACCAUGCUAUAGAAAAUAUAAGGGAUAACUCAAUACUUCUGCAGUUUCUUACAUUUCCUAAACUCUAGCACAUGUGAGGGUUUUGAUUACUAUUUCUUGCUGGACAGCCAAGUUCACUUGGGGCCUGUAAGUGAUUUUGUGAGUGUCGGAUGGAGCAACAGCAAGAGGGUGUACAUCCUCUUUUGUGGAAGUAACCAUGAUGUAUGCAUGUGAUUUUGAAUUAUCCGUCCUUAACUUUAUUUCGACCACAACAGGUGUUUGUGGAAUGUUUUAAUUGUCUUAAGAUAAAGGGUGGAAGGUGUGCCUAACUUUUGCAUUGAUGUUCUGAAGCUUUAUUCUCUUCUUUUUCUUUCAAAUAAAAGAAUCUUAACUUGAAA